AUGACACUGUCUUUCCAGAUUGUGGCCCUGGAUCAGAAACGGAAUCAGAACCGGGAAGCGCUCAGGGCUCUGAGCAGGGAACUGGCCAGUUCAGAUAAAGUGAUGGUCUGCUUCGGGAGCAUGUUUGUUCAACUUCCAAAUACAAAGACGAAGGACAUGCUGCAGAGAGAUCAGGAGCUCCUCGACGAAGAGAUCGCCGGCCUGCGGGAAGAGCUCAAGGUGAAGGUCGGCCGUCUCCUAGAAGCCCAAGGUAUUUGCCGCCUGGGCCCUGCCUCAGGUAAACCGGAGCUGAAAGGCUACGACCUGAAGCCCCUGAGCGGCGAGGAGAUGUGGUUUAUUAGAAAAGUGCUGGAAGGCUGAAGCCAUAUCGCCGUCUGGGCUCUGCACCCGCUCAGAGGGAAACAGCUGGCACAGACAUGCCCCGGAAGCAGGCAUCUUCUCUGGAGAGGAUCUGGCAGGUUUGCACGGAGAAGACUGCUCAGGUGUUCUCCUUCAGCUUUGACCGCCAGGUUGGGAUGGAGCAUCGGAGCCUGGGGGGCAGCUUACAGCUUCGCCAUCCUAGUUUGAGUAGCUGUUGAAUGCUGGGGGGUGGGGGAGGGACCGGGUAGCCCCGUGAGUCCACACUGCUCCGGGAGAGACGUGUUAUCACCAGUAAUCUGUGGUAUUGCAGUGAAUUAAAUUGUGCACAAAUAUGAAA